AGAGCGACGGGAAGGAAGAGAGGGAGGAAGGAAGGAAGAAGGUACAACAUCCAAUUUUGACAACAGGGAAAUCAAAGUUCAAAGUUCAUGCAGGAAUAAACCAUUUGUGAUGGUGCAACAUUUGGGAGGACACUCCACCUAUAAUUGAAACUACAGAAGACGUCAGAAUCCAGAACAAGAGUUGACAUCGACUACUAUCAGAAGAUGAAUUGUAUGUAGCACAGACUCAUUUCAAACCGCCAAACCAGUUUUCACCAUGUCUCUGAGCAAGACACUGGAGCUGGAGCACUUUGACGAACGCGACAGGGUUCGGCGAGGACGUUCGACCCGGGCCAAGAGAGAUGACUCUGCUAGUGGCGGUGGAGGUUCGGGACCAAGCUCCAGAGGCAGCAGCCUGGUCCCUAGCCCAGCUCACAGUGCCAACUGCAGUUACUACCGGACCAGAACGCUGCAGGCACUGACCUCGGAGAAACGUGCCAAGAAGGUGAGAUUCUACCGCAACGGAGACCGGUAUUUCAAAGGUCUGGUGUACGCCGUCUCCAGCGACCGGUUCCGCUCCUACGAUGCACUGCUGAUGGAGCUGACACGGUCUUUGUCAGAUAACCUACAUCUGCCACAGGGAGUGCGAACAAUCUAUACGAUAGAUGGUGGCAAAAAGAUCAGCAGUAUGGACGAGCUGGUGGAAGGUGAAUGCUAUGUGUGUGCCUCCAACGAGCCAUACAGAAAAGUGGACUACACCAAAAUCUCCGUCCCAAGCUGGAAACCGGGGGCCGGGGGCAGUGUCGGCUCCAUUCGGUCCACAGUGUCCACAGGUGUGUCUGCGAGCACGGGUGUGAGCAGCAGGGAACGUCCUGAAGGGCGCGAAGGAAGAGAUAGCAAAGAAUUCAUCAAACCCAAGCUGGUGACGGUAAUUCGCAGUGGCGUGAAGCCCAGAAAGGCAGUGAGAAUCCUGUUGAACAAGAAGACGGCGCAUUCUUUUGACCAGGUGCUGGCCGACAUCACAGAGGCCAUCAAACUGGACUCUGGGGCGGUGAAGAGGUUGUACACCCUGGAUGGGAAACAGCUGACCUGUCUGCAGGAUUUCUUCGGCGAUGAUGAUGUCUUCAUGGCGUGCGGCCCUGAGAAGUUCCGUUACGCUCAGGAUGACUUUGUGCUCACACACGGAGGCAAAUCACAGCUUUUUGUCAAUGAAUGCAGAUCCAAAACCUCUCGCUCGGCUGCUCCUCAGAAAACUACAACUCCCAAGAUUCCUAGCGGUUCCGGCUUUGUCACCUCUUCCUCCUCCAAGAGUUCACCCAAAGGUCCAACUAGGACCAAGUCUCCAGGUCCAGCCAAUGAGGUGUCAGCUGGUAGAGCGUCCAGGUCCACCCCGUCCCCCACCAGCCCUGGAAGCAGACGCAGUCUCAAGAUAUCUCCUCGUCGACCGUCGUCCACCGACGUAAACGGGGACACUGAGCAGACAGAGGACGACAAGACAGUGGAAGUGAAUGGAAACCGAUCAGUUUCCUCUUCCAUCAUCAACGACAAAUACAAAGUGGGAAAAGUGAUCGGAGACGGAAACUUCGCUGUGGUGAAGGAGUGUGUGGAGAGGUCAACAGGACAGGAAUUUGCUCUGAAAAUCAUCGACAAAGCUCGAUGUUGUGGGAAGGAGCACUUAAUAGAGAACGAGGUGGCUGUGCUGCGGAGGGUUCGACACCCCAGCAUCAUAGAGUUGAUCGAGGUGGACGAGACGCCGACUCAGCUCUUCCUGGUCAUGGAGCUGGUCAAGGGCGGCGACCUAUUUGACGCGAUCACCUCCUCCACCAAAUACAGUGAGCGCGAUGCCAGCGCUAUGGUGUUCAACCUGGCAGGAGCCAUCAAGUACCUGCAUCACAUGAACAUCGUGCACCGAGACAUCAAACCAGAGAACCUGCUGGUAUGCGAGUACCCUGAUGGCACCAAGUCGUUGAAGUUGGGUGACUUUGGUUUGGCUACGGUGGUGGAAGGGCCGCUGUACACGGUUUGUGGCACGCCUACGUACGUGGCCCCAGAGAUCAUUGCAGAAACUGGCUACGGCCUGAAGGUGGAUAUCUGGGCGGCAGGAGUGAUCGCCUACAUCCUGCUGUGUGGAUUUCCUCCUUUUAGAAGUGAGAACAACGUCCAGGAGGAGCUGUUUGAUCAGAUCCUCAGGGGGAAGCUGGAGUUCCCAUCUCCGGACUGGGACACCAUCAGUCUGCCUGCCAAGAUGCUGAUUAGUCAGAUGCUGCAGGUCAAUGUGGAAGCUCGUUUCACUGCCGAUGAAGUUCUGUCCCAUCCAUGGGUGACGGACGAAGCUCCUCCCGUCGACUCAAUCACUGUGAGCAACGCCGAAGAGCAGGACAUUGAAGAAGACCUGGAUCCGGAUGAGGACUCACCCACACUGGAGACCAGGCAGGUUCCUUCACCUGUGGUCUGAUCCCUGUUGUCACAUCAGCAGUUAGAAGCUGAAGACACCACAGCUUCAGAAAUCUGUUCAGAUUUUUUUUCUUGCUCCGUUCUUUUUUUUUUUCUUUUUUUUUUUCUUUUUUUUUUAUUCAUCCAUUUCAAAAUCUUUAGUCUAAUCCAAAACACAGGAUUCAGUCACUGCAGGUCAAACAGGUUCGUUUGAUUGGUCUACAGAAAUACUCCUCAUUCAGUGGAGACUGAGAAAAAACACAUUCAAGUAACAGUCCAUCAGUCUUUACAGUGAUUAAAACUAAAGACCACACGGUCUCUAAGAGGGAACAGUUUGACCAACUGAACCCUGAACUCUCAUUCAGAACAAAGUAGGACUCAUCGACCGGUCAUGGUCCUUACGUCUAGGUCAAAGAUGGACCUUGGGUCUAAAACCUAUUACACACUGAACACAGUCAAGACGGUCCAGUCAUCUGCAUUUUUAAAGAGAUAAAAUAACAUUGUCCAAGAGCCAGAAAUCAGAAAACCACAUGAAGUUCUGGUUAAAGUCAAAACCGUCAUCCUUCUUCCGUCUUCUUCAAUUCUGAUUUACUGGAAACUCAAAGCCUUUCCUGGUCUUCUUGGGGUUUGGAUUGCCUUCUGGACGUGGCCAGUACUCACGGCCCACAGGAAGAAUGCUGCCUUAACAGAAAACCAACCAACUCCUCUACUGUUAUCUCCUAGUCUACUGAGGACGUCUUUACUGCUGCUGCUGAACUCUGAAGUAUAAUGUCUCCUGGACCUCCAACACAUGUCCUACUGCUGUUCAAGACAAGUCCUUAAGGACACCAUGAUGGUGCUACUGGAUCGGUUCAUCAUCCAGAGUUCCACAGAAACAGGACUUUUUAAAAAAAUUAAUCCAGAACCUCAGGUCUUGAAGGACUCUUGAGGUUCUAGUCCAUAUAUAUUUCCAUAUGGAUCACAGGGGUAUUUCAGAUACAGGACUCCUUUUGGUUCAGGGAUGGAUUUCUUGGUAGUCCCUGUCCCUCAGAAACCUAGAUGUCUUCCAUUGAUGCUGAGGAACCGUCCCUCACGCCCCAAUUCUUCUCCUUCGUCGUCCAUCAGUCAAAGAUAAUGUUCUAGUACUGUGCCUAAGGUGAAUGGUUCCUCGAAACACUCAAUCUUCAACUCAGUGUUGAACCAAGAAUUCAACCUAGAGUGUUGACUUUAACACAAAAGACGCGAUUGUGGAUUUACGAGAUUAGCUAGGUUUAGCCUUAGCACAAGAUAUGAGGGGAAGCUGAGCACUCUGUGAUUUCCACAGUACUUCAAGAUCGGAAACACCAUUUUCAAAAGUAGAUACCCACUCAGUUUAGCUAUAGCUAAAUGUUCGUCGUCCACAUUUAGCUGCUGAAUGAGUCUAAACUAAGUAGCUAAAGUGAGCCUAGAAGAAAAGAAUAUGGUAGAACUACAUUUUAAGCUAAAAGUAAUGCUUGGCAGCUCGACACGAAAUUCCACGGUUUGUUGUGUUAAGGCAGCGGUGUCGUGGCUCCAGAUAUCCUCCAGACAUUAGAGAGAGAACAUUUUUUUAGCUAAAGUUGUGGUAAAUUAUUUCGCUAUGGUUUAAAAAAGGUUGCUGGUUAAUUUCCUGCACAUACAGGGAGAUUCUAUUAGUGUCCAUGACUAGUUUGACUGAGAAGAAAAAAAACAAACAAAAUAGAUCCAGAAUAUUUUUUCCCACUAAUUGACACCACGUCUACGUUAACUAAGCUAACUCUUGCCUGAAUCAAGACCUCCACCUGUAGCUAACGGAGGGAAUAACACUGUUGUAAAUAUUGUGAAUAUACCGUUUGUCAUGUCUGUUUGUGUGAAUUUGUUGUGCCGUAGGAAAAGUGUAGUAGACACAAAAAAUACACAAUCAGUGGAGUUAGGGUUCCUUUUUAGACUUGAAGAAUCAAAAUAACGAAACAAAAAAAGUUUUCUGCAGAAACGAUAAAUCUUUUUUUUUCACAGAUGGAGGUUUUAGAGGACGUUGACUAACGGUAUAAAAUGGUUAGAGGGGAAUCUUGACUGAACAAUGAUGGACAUUCAUUCAUUUAGUUUCUUUGAGAUAGCAAAAAUCAUCAACCAAUCAUAUUGCUUCAUUUUGCACAUCAUGUUGUUUGUCUAUGCUGAAGACCAUCUCCAAAAAAGGCAUAAAAAACUGAACGGUUUCUCCAUUACGUUUUGUACAGAAUUAUUUUAAAUAAACAGCUGGUGUUGUUGAAGUUAGCCAAGAAUUAGCAAAGAGAUAGACUUUAAGUAAGUUCAAGGUAACAGUCAUUCAGUAGUGAGCUACAGUUAGCUCACAGUGCUGCACAUCUGACCAGGUUUGAAGACAACGUCUUUUCAAAGGUAAUGAAGAAACAGUUCAUGUUUUUACAUCUGCAAUUUUUGGGUGAGAAGUUUGGGCGGGUGAAAGGGUUGUGUUUUUUUUUUUUUUCAAAAACGUCCUGGCUGUGUUUGUGUUCCUUUUUGUGUAUUUUCACAUGAUGUGCAUGUGUGUGUGUGUGUGUAGUGAAAACUGAAGGUCACCUUUUUUAAAUACUUGAAUUUUUUAAUCUUAUUUGUCAUGGAAAUAAAUGUGUGAUAGUGUAAAAUGACCUAAACUGGACCUUCCCAUGGCCUUUAACCUUUGACCUGAGACACUGGGCGAUAACCACCUGCAGUGUGAGCUGCUGUGACGCCUUUAAAACUGUGGGAAAAUGAAGAACAACAUGCAUUCUGUCACUUUUUAAAUCAUACGUGUUUGAGAAAUGUUUUUCUUACAUUCACCAAAUUUUGUUCAGCGACUCAAAUGGGACUCGAACCUCACUUAUCUUUGCCCUACACAGGGUCAGGUCAUGAUACCAAAGGUUCGCCCUCUUCAUCAUGUUGCCUUUGUUGUGUAAAAUGAACUCUUUGCCCCAGUGGCUCUGCCUUCGAUGGUCUACGCUGCUCCCAACCUAGUCGUCUUAAACUCAUCCUGCUUUACAACCCAAUGGUGCCCACUCACCAGUACAUGGUGCCCACUCAGCAGGACAUGGUGCCCACUCAUCAGUACAUGGUGCCCACUCACCAGUACACGGUUCCUAGUCAUCUGUACAUGGUGCCCACUCAUCAGUACAUGGUUCCUAGUCAUCAGUACAUGGUGCCCACUCACCAGUACAUACUGACUCACCUCCCAUCAGUCACCAAGUACCUAUAUGCAGCAGCCAGAUGAUGUAGGUCACACCAUGGCCUUUAAAACUACAGACAGCUGCCACUGACGUACGCUCCAGCAGCUUUGGCCCAAACAGCUCCAGGUGAAGGGGUUCUGGUAUCUCAGGGUCUGGUGUGGAACCAAAAGAGUGAAAGGUAGGACGGAGAAGGGCAUCAGCUGCGCUCUCACUGCUGUGACGACACAGAGGCUAGAGAAGGUUAAACUCUCUUUGUUCCCGACCUCAGCUGAGGUCAUGAAUGAAAGAACAAGAACACGGACAUGGUUAGAGCGACUCAGAGCUGCAGUGAGUGCAGACUGGGCCACUUGUUAAAGCUUCCAGCCCAACGACCUGAUUGUGGAUAAGAAACUCAGCACUUCUGAAAGGACAGAGUUGGCACCACACUCACUAAAAACUGUGGAACAUCAGAACGUCCACACAAAGAAAGGACAGAUGUGACAGUGUGAUGUGACUCAGUGUGAGUCCUGUAGUCAGAUCAUUAAUCUUUAUUUUGAAAUGUACUGAAUCCAGUGUGUGUGUGUGUGUGUCUGUGAUCAUGUCACAUCAGUUUUUUGUUAAAAACAGUGCAGUAGAGCUAGGUGUGUGACUGAGGCCGGUUCUUCCUUUUAAGGAUCCCUUUGAAUCAGUUCCAUUCACAACACCAAUCAAUUUGAUCUAAACACACGUCAAUCCUGGAUCUUUGACUUGGCAGCUACAAAACUGUAGACUUCAGCUCAGACUGGAUGCUGUGACCUGGGUUGAAACCUGUCUGGUCCUUCUUGGGAAAACUGGUCCUGUUUUGAUGCAGAAAGAUAUGUCAGAACGUGACCGUGUUUGUUAAUGGCAAUACUGAUGUGUGUUAAUAUGAAACCUUUGUUUGUUUGUUUGUUGCGAUAACAGGAAAGAAAGCAUUAAUGUCAAAAUAAAGUGAUGCAGGUAAAAAAAAUGUUUACAGAUGUAGUUUCUUUGACAUGAAAAAAGUUAAAAACUGGGAGAAAUGUGGAGUUAAAAAAAAACUUUUAAAAUAAAAAACCAAUGGGUAGAAAACCUAAACCCUGUCUGAAUGAUGUCCAAGUCUGACAGAAGUUCCAGAUCUCUGCCCGUUUUAGACCUGAGGUUUGGGUUACAGAACGACUUUGAGCAAGGGUGCCCCCAGGUGGAUGUAAGGAAGUGUAAAGGUCUAAGAAAAAAAACUACACACCACACCACUGCACAACCUCUGCAUUUGACCCAUCACCACAGUCAGCAGGGGGCAGCA